UUCUACGUGUGUUGUUUGUUGUGUGUUAUUGUGCGUGCGCUCCGCUCCGUAUCAACUCGUCCGCGAGCAUAAUAUUUUAUCAAAAUAUUUUUACAAAAACCAUACGAUCGUGUAACGAAUCGGCUGAAAAUUUCGGUUCUCUCGUAAAACGUUUCGCGACGUGCCGCCGACUAAUUUACGUUGAUAAUUUAAUAACAAAUACCUACUCGAAUUCGUUUUAGUGGCGGUUUUUUUUUUUUGUAAGACUUCUUGCCGGAUGUGUGCGACCGUUGAUACGCGACUAAUCGGUUUUUUCCAUUUCGCCACGAUGAUGUGGUGGUGUUGAUCACAUCUCGUUCGGACUACGAUUAACUAAAGCAGCAGAGCCGCAGCCAUGAGGAUUCUCCUGUGCGUUUUCGUCGUCUACUUAUCAGGGUGGUCGUGCCUGGGACAAGAAGGACUGACCGACACCAGAGAAGGCGAAGAUAUAUCACUAAAAUGUCGAUUUAACGGACAAUUGCCGUCAACCGUUGCAGAUACCCAAUAUUAUUGGCUUAGGACUAACAAGCACAACCAAGACAAUGUAGCUAUUAAAUCGACUCCGUUGGAAGGCAACUAUAAACUCGACUUCCGUCCAGAACUAGGAAUUUACGAUUUGCUAAUUUCCAACUCGACGUAUGAGAGGGAUAACGGCAAGUUCGAAUGCCGAUUGAAGGAAGCUGGUACUGGCCGAGAAAUCCAUUCACAGAGUUUCCAAAUCACCGUAUUAACACCACCUAGUCCACCACGUAUCUCACCCGGAACUAAUCCUGUGGCUACUGAAGGACGUGCGUUAGAGUUGUCUUGCACAAGUUCUGGUGGCAGUCCUGAACCUAUUGUCAGAUGGUAUCGUGAAGGUGUUCGUGAUCCCAUAGAAUCUGUGACACGAAGUGGUACUAGCGCCAAGGAAUCCAUUACAUCAGCUGUAUUGCAAGUGACACCAAGUCGUGAAGAUGAUGGUGCGGUGUAUCGGUGCGUGGUGUGGAACAGGGCUAUGGUCGAAGGCACAAAGUUCGAAACUAGGACCACACUGAGUGUAAACUACUACCCUCGCGUCCAGAUCGGACCGGAGAACCCGCUGCGAGUGGAACGCGACGAAUCCAUCACACUGCAGUGUAACGUGGACGCCAAGCCGCGCGUCAACAACGUACGGUGGAUGCGUGACGACCGUUUCAUAGCCACGUCUUUCACGCACGUCAUCCAAAAAGUGACGACCCAGGACGCGGGCACGUACACGUGCAUGGCCGACAACGGGCUGGGACAGACUCGCGAGGCCGAGCUGGUGUUGGACGUUCAGUACCCACCCAUGGUAACGGUGGACGUGGGCCCGGGAGCGGCCAGGCAACGCGAGGCCGAAGAGGGCGACGGCAUCACCAUCCAAUGCAACGUUUCCGCCAACCCGGCGCCGAUAUCCAUCGAGUGGAUCCGGGACGGGCGUCCCGACUUCCGGCAAUCCGGUGACGUGCUCCGCAUACCCAAAGUGACGGCUGACUCCGGUGGCGUGUACACGUGUCGCGCCAUCAACAUACUGUACACGUCGUCGUUGUCCCGGCAGCGCAUCAACCGCAUCGGUAACGCGUCCCUCACGCUCCUCGUCCGACACCGUCCCGGCGUGGCCCGCAUCACUCCCGACCGGCCCGUGGCCACCGAGGGCACCGGCGUGACGCUCACGUGUUCGGCGUCCCCGCCCGGCUGGCCCACUCCACAGUACAAGUGGUGGCGCGAGUUCGAUUCCGCCGACCCGUCCACCAGCGCCACGAUACUGUCCACCGGCCCGAAAUACACCAUUCCGUCAGUGCACCUGGGCAGCGAGGGCCGGUACAGGUGUCAGGCGAUUAACGAGAUGGGCUCGGGCGACGCGUCUUCGGUGUUGCUCACAGUCCACCACGCCCCGAAAUUCGUCACUAAGCUGCAGCCGCACGUCACCAGGCGCGCGUCGGACAUCGGCUUCUCGGCCAUUUGCGCUGCGCAGGGAAAACCCAAGCCCGCGGUCACUUGGUACAAGGACGGCAAAGAAGUGCUGCCCGAUUGGUUCGACGUGAGCACCGACGAGACGGACAGCAGCAACGGAGUGACCACUGUGCACAGUACGCUCAAGUUCCACGGCAAGGAGAGACCUCGAGGCAACCAGCUGGUGCCGUCGGACCGCGGGGUGUAUUCCUGCGCGUUCGAAAACGACGUUAAGAAAGUCGAGUCCAGCAUGCUCCUCAGGAUCGAACAUGAACCUAUCGUACUCCACCAAUUCAACAAAGUAGCCAGUGAUUUGUACGAGACUGCCGAAGUUAUUUGUCGGGUGCAAUCGUAUCCUCGACCGGAAUUCCAGUGGAGUUACAAUAACCACAUGGCUCCUCUGUUGGCCGGCAGCGAUGGUCACUACGAAAUAAACACGACCAUAAACGAAAGCGGUGGUGACAUUUACACUAGCGUAUUGCAAGUAUCCAACCUCCGAGAGACGGAUUAUGGCGAUUACAGUUGUCGUGUAGCCAACACUUUGGGAAGCGUAAAGCCCACAAUUAAGCUGCAGCCUAAAGGGCCACCUGACCAUCCAGAAAACGUAACAGCUUUAGAUAUUGGCCACAACAAUGUCGUGUUACAGUGGAACAGUGGAUUCAACGGCGGUGUUCUCAGCACCAAACACUUUGUGAGCUACAAAAAGGUUUCCGUAGACGAAAACGAAUUCGACAGUGAUUGUUACUCAGUCAAGAGGUCCAAUCAGCCAGAAAGAUGGCAAGAGUUUGAUUGCCAAACCAAAAACCCCUGCAACGUGACUAGCUUGGAACAACAUCAAAGUUACUUAUUUAAGGUAAAAGCUUACAAUGCUAAAGGGCAUAGCGAAUAUUCGCAAGAGACCGUAGCUAUGACUAAAGUGGAUCGUAUACCAGCGCCUCAACGUGUAACAUUUGAUCCUGAAUCUCAUGCAUUAACUAUUAACAUCGGCGCAACUUGUUUACAACUGGUUGGUGUUGUUGAAGCAUCUAUGGGAGGUGCUCGUGAAGAUUGGCACUUGAUUGAAACUUUGCCUCUGGCAGUUAGUGGCAGCACAUCUACACAUCGUGAAGCUACCAUACUGUCUUUAGUUUCACGUCGCCAAAGCACUGGCGCUCGUUCAUUAGAUGAAGAUGAUCUAAACUUAAUUUCGGGUAGUGAAGAUGAAGAUCUAAUUGAUAAACCUGCAGAUGAUGUUCGCAUUAGAGUCCGUCUGUGUCUUCGGUCUAGUCAGACCACAUGUGGUGAUUACACAGAAGCUGAGAUUGGUGCAAAUUUUGUAAAAGAACAACAAGCGAUGGCUACUCCCACAUUAAUUGCUCUGGUCAUAUCAUGCGCUGUUUUCAUUCUAUUUGUAGCACUUUUGUUUAUUUUCUGUCGUUGCAAGCGCAAAACAGCCAAGAAAACUACAGGCAAAGAAUAUGAAAUGGAUUCUUCAACCGUUCACCCUAGUAUUAUACAUGGACCCCCACCCUACACUGAACCUGGCCUUGACAACAAAGCAUUACAGCAGUCUGUAGAUCUAGUUCACGAUGUUACUAAGAAUGGUGUGUAUGGAUCCCAAAACGACUACAACACUUAUCACACGGGCAACGGAUUGCGUCCGAAUGGUGAAUGGGUCAAUGUUGGAUACGUAGAAAACAGUUAUUCAAAUUCAAAUAAUGGUGGUUCGGUUAACUCUCAAGAUUCUCUAUGGCAAUUGAAAAUGGGUGGCAAUGGCAGCACUGGUGGUACUCACAUUUCUCGUGAUGAUCAUUUACAUAUGGCUGAGCGCAUGAACCACUAUGGAGGUUAUGAUCCAUUGACUCAUGGUGGCUAUGGAAAUAUGGAUGAUUAUGCACACUAUCCUCAACUCACAUCAGCUAGCCCCGAUUAUAGCACUCAUAGCCAUGCACCUUCAAGACAAGACUAUAUUCAUAGCGGUCAUUUACAACCAGCCGAUAAGACCCGUAGACGGGACCCUCAUCUUGAAUCACCAUAUGGUGACGUGAGUGGCUUGCCUGACCCUUACCUUGAGCAGCUUAUUGACAAUGAGGAGCACAUGAAACCUCAACCACAUCUGUCUAUGUCAUAUGACGAAAGUCUCGAGUCUGGGUAUUCUACACCAAAUUCACGGACGCGACGCAUAAUCAGAGAAAUUAUCGUCUAAAUGCCCUGCAUUGCCCUAUGUGUAUAGUGUUUUAAAUAUGACAUUUUUCUUGUACAUAAACAAAUGUCAUUGUGUUGUUAAGGUGUCAUCAGAUCUCAAAAUUUUGUUUGUGCUCAACAUCCAUCUUUAGACCAUAUUUUAAACUUUAGUUGUAUUCCGUUUUCAUUACACUGCCUUUGUGUUCUAUAAACAUGCAAUCUAUGUAUGUAAACAAUUUAUUUUUGAAAUCUUGACAAGCGUUGAGAUAUUUCAUUUAAUUGAUGAACGCGUAUGGCUUAACUUAAUUACAAAAUGCACUUAUUAUAAAGAUCAUCUGUAAAGUGAUCCAUUUGUUUGUGUUUUUUUUUUUUUUUUGACCAUUGUAUUGCUAGUUAUUUUGAUAACAUUGGAAAUGUAAAACAUUUUUACUACAAUAUUUCUUUUACAUAAUAUUUAUUAUUUGUAUUAUGUUUUGUUACACCAUAAGUUUGUGUAACCGUUAGAGUUUCUCAUUUACUGUUUCAAUAUUUCCAAUUAUACAUAAACUAUGUGUUAUGUUGUAUAACUAUUAUGACUCGUUCAAAUUUUAUUUUUUUUUUAAAUCUCUAAUUUUGAAAAAAUUGAAACGUUUGUAUGGUGAUAACAUAAUACGGCAUUAAACCUACUACAGUAUUAAUUUCAACGCACAUCGAUAAAAAGACACAUGUUCCUCAUACUUUUUCUUCAUUAUAAAAGAUCAAUUUUCUAUUUAUAUAUAUUUUUUUUUUAUGUUUUGUAUUUUGGUUGUUUACAGACCCAAGACUGUCCGGUAUUUUACUUAAUUUCUUGACCUCUCGUGUACACUCAUGAAAAGUUGUAAUAAACCCGUCACGGAUCAUAUGCUCCAUAGUGUAUGUAUUUUUGUAGUUUUGAGCCUAGUUCCUAUUUUCAACAAAGUUCAAAGUAAUGAAAGAUAAUUUAAUGGCACAUGAGCGUACAUUGAUAGGUCAAGAAGACGUUGAAUAUUAUUAUUAUCAGAACAAAUUAGGUAUGUGCCAUUAUAAAUUAAUGUGCUUAUAAACACCAUGUAAAUAUAUAUAUAUAUAUAUUUUUUUUUGUUCAUACUGUCAUUGUAUUUACUUAAGUAUAUUUAUUUUAAUAGAAGAGUUAAGUAAUUUUAAUGAUACAAUAUAUAAUACAUUUAUAAUGAAGUUAUAAUUUGACUGCUGCAAGAAUGAGUGUUUCUCAAAUUUGUUUUUUUUUUUAUU